AUGGUUGGUACAUUGUCAACACCCGCCAGGGCUCCUACUAUUCAUCUAUUUGGACCCCAGGCACUUGCCUUUCGUGGAGAGUCUUUCAGUAAACUGAAAGCUGUGCUCUUUAGCGUGCCUUAUAAUCAGUGGAUUCUGGACGUCAUCGAAACUCUUCCGGGGUUGUGGGAUGCUGCCUCAAAAGAACUUCCAUUUAUGCAAAAGUUUCCUGGGGGACAGUUGCUGGAAAACUUGGCUGUCUGGAUCAAGGAGAAUACCACCACAGAGGCAAUAUUUCCUCUCCCCAAUAUCCUCCUAACGCCUCUUGUUGUCAUCACUCAUUUAACCCAGUACCGGAGAUAUCUGGAGCAUAUUGAUCCUACAUACCCGGCAGGCAACUGUUUUCAGUCACCUAUCCAUAUCAAGUCAGAAGCACUCGGCCUUUGUACUGGCCUCCUGACAGCCAUCGCAGUAUCUAGUUCUACAAAUCCGGAGGAGUUUAGACGCAAUGGCGCUGCGGCAAUACGGCUUGCCAUGCUCAUUGGCGCCCUGGUUGAUUCUGAAAAUGAAAGCAACUCGGAAGGAGGGGCCAUAUCUCAAUCUAUUACAUGGAAUUCUCUGAGAUCUCAGGUGAAGAUGCUAGAAAUUAUAAAGCAGUUUCCCCAGGCGUAUAUCUCGGUCCUUUAUGACGAGAAACGAGCCACGAUUACAUGCACCAAGGUUAUUGCGGGAAAACUCGCUAAUCUCAUGAGAAAAGAGGGCUUGAUAGUUGCCGAGCUCAACCUGCAAGGGUAUUUCCAUUACCAAGGACAUCAAGACUCUGUGGAACUACUUAUUCAGCUGUGUGAUUCGAAUCCGGAGUUACAAUUUUCAAACCAUUCAUCACCAGGUCAUUCAGACCAUGGUCAUGAAUCAGAUUCGGAUUUUACGAAAGACACGAAACCCCAUCAAUUAGCUCUAAGAUCCAUAUUGGUCGAACAAUGCGAUUGGUAUCGUACCUUUGCAGCUACUUACACUUCAAAUUCGAAUGGGUCUCAAUCACAAGUGGUUCUUUUUGGUCACGAUAACUGCGUACCACCAUCUAUGGCGCGGAAUCUCGGGCGAAAUCUAAUAAAUGCAACAAACCUCGAUGAAGUGCUGCCUUCAGCCGAACUCCAUCCUCAUUUGGAAGCAACACAUAGUCAUGUACGAGAUGACAAUGAUAUUGCUGUUGUUGGCAUGGCUUGCAAAGUAGCUGGAGCGGAUGAUGUUGAACAAUUUUGGGACAUAUUACGCGCUGGAAAAUCACAACAUACUGAACCACCCUCUGAUCGUUUCCACUUUGGCACUUUUUGGCGAGAACUGGACCCAAAAAGGAGAUGGUACGGCAAUUUUAUAACCGAUUUCGAUGCUUUCGACCACAAAUUCUUUAGGAAAAGCCCUCGCGAAAUGAUAUCAACUGACCCCCAGCAGCGAUGGAUGCUUCAAAUUGCAUACCAGGCUCUCCAGCAGUCAGGGUAUUUCUUGUCUCCGGAUCGGGACAAGCACAUAGGCUGCUAUAUAGGUCUCGGGUGUGUGGACUACGAGCAUAAUAUUGCCUGUUACCCAGCAAAUGCGUUCUCUGCAACGGGGAAUUUGAGGAGCUUUGUCGCUGGUAAAGUAAGCCAUUACUUUGGCUGGACCGGCCCUUCUCUUACCAUUGAUUCUGCUUGCUCAUCCUCAGCAGUGGCUAUUCACCAUGCUUGCAAAGCUAUACUUAGUGGUGAAUGUACUGCUGCUAUAGCUGGUGGUGUGACAAUAUUAACAAGCCCCCUAUGGUUUCAAAAUCUAGCCGGUGCAUCAUUUCUCAGCCCCACAGGCAACUGCAAACCUUUUGAUGCAAAUGCCGACGGUUAUUGUCGAGGGGAAGGAGUUGGUGCGGUGGUACUCAAAAGGCUCUCAACAGCCCUUGGUGACGGAGAUCAAAUCCUAGGCGUCAUCUCCAGUAGUGCUGUAUAUCAGAAUCAAAAUUGCACCCCGAUAACUGUCCCUAACGCCGAUUCUCUUUCAACCUUAUUUCGCGAUGUGACCAAGCAAGCCGGCCUUGAUCCCAAUCGUAUUUCAGUCGUUGAGGCACAUGGAACGGGGACUCCAGUUGGUGAUCCGGCUGAGUAUGAAAGUAUUCUCAGGGUAUUCGGAGGCCAGAACCGUCCAGAUACACUUUCCUUGGGUUCGGUUAAGGGCCUUGUUGGACAUGCAGAAACUGCUGCCGGUAUCGUUUCGCUAAUCAAAGUUCUUCUAAUGAUUCAAGAGCGAUCCAUUCCGCCACAAGCAAGCUUUAACAAGAUCAAUCCUGCAAUCAAGCGGUCUCCUUCCGAUAACAUGGAAAUUCCUACGAAUUUAGCCAAAUGGGACACAGAGUUCCGAGCAGCCUUGAUCAACAAUUAUGGGGCAUCAGGCUCCAAUGCUUCACUCAUUGUUACUCAACCCCCGGAGCAAGCAUUAAGCAGUACAACCCACAGAUCAUCCUUCCCUUCAGGGAUCAAAUACCCUUUUUGGUUCUGUGGAAAUGAUGAUAGCAGUAUCCAGAGAUAUAUUGCACGAUUCCGUCAGUUUUUGGAGUCGAGUAAAUGCCUCGGAAAAACCAUCACCGCCCCUGACUUAUCGUUUAACCUUUAUCGUCAAUCAAAUCGAAUGCUUAGCCGUGCACUGUUGCUAAGCUCUGGCUCGAUGGCUGAACUGGAAGUCACUCUUAAAGUAUUCGAGAACGAUGUCUCCCAAAUUGAAUCAAUGGAGUCCGUUGAUAUUCGAUCCGUUAUUAUGUGCUUCGGUGGUCAAAUAUCGACUUUUGUUGGCCUGGACCGUGAGAUCUACGAUACUUGCAAAAUAUUUCGCAAAUAUAUGGAUCAGUGCAAUUCUAUUAUCAUGUCUCUUGGGCUAGAUGGUUUAUUCCCAGAUGUUUUCCAGAAAUCUCCAGUGAAAGACAUUGUUAAGCUUCAAACCAUGCUCUUUGCCACUCAAUACGCUUCUGCUAUGGCGUGGAUAGAAUGUGGGGUUGAGCCGGUUGUACUUCUUGGACAUAGCUUUGGAGAACUCACUGCUCUCUGUGUCUCUGGAGUGCUAUCCCUUACCGAAGCAGCAAAAAUGAUUAUAGGACGUGCGCGUCUAGUUCGAGAUCUAUGGGGCACCGACAAGGGCUUUAUGAUGGCUAUUGAGGGCGACAUCCAGGAGGUUCAGCACCUUUUGAGCGAAGCAAACAGGCUACAAGAGGGUAGUCAGAAGGUGACUAUUGCCUGUUAUAAUGGACCCCGGAGCUUUACAAUUGCCGGGCCAGUUCAGUCUGCAAAAGUUAUUGAGGAAUUGUUGGUCAAUACUCCAGUAUUUUCAUCAAUGAAGUGGAAAAAGUUGAAUGUUACAAAUGCAUAUCACUCGACCCUUGUUGAACCUCUCGUGGAAUGUCUCCAACAUUUAGGAAGAAGUUUAACCUUUAAUGAAGGUAGAAUCCCAGUUGAGAGGUGUACCGAACAUCCACCUUCUUCUGGCACAUUCGUUACAGAGUUUAUAGCACAGCAUAUGAGAUACCCGGUAUAUUUUAACCACGCUGUGCAGAGGCUGUCACUCAGAUAUCCAUCGUCCAUCUGGCUUGAAGCUGGCUUUAGCUCCACAAUCACAACAAUGGCUGGCCGAGCUUUAAACCUACCUUCAGAUUCUCAUUUCCAGGGUAUAAAUGUCACGAGUGGCAGGGGAUUGCAAAGCCUUGCUGACGCUACUAUGAACUUAUGGAGAAACAGACUGAAUGUCACAUUUUGGCCCCAUCACUCUUUGCAAACCUCUGAGUAUAACCAGUUACUCCUCCCUCCUUAUCAAUUCGACAAAACGAAGCACUGGGUUACUCUUAAAAAGCCAGAAGAAGCGCUUUUUAAACGACAGGGCGAGCCUCAACCCCGAGAAGAGCAACCCCUGGGGCUUUGGGAAUUUGUUAACUACAAUAAAGAUGACAAACGCAGCGCUCAAUUCAAGAUUAAUACUGCCAGUACCGAAUUUCAUGAGUAUGUGGCUGGUCACACUAUUGCGCAUGCUGCUCCUUUAUGUCCCAGCACGCUUCAGCUGGAUAUUGUUAUUGAAGCUCUCCUAAAGCUGCAACCAGAAUAUCUUUCGCACAACCUUCAACCACAACUUCAAGGGCUUGAAAAUCAUGUCCCAAUCUGUCUUGAUCCAACUCUCUGUGUCUGGCUGGAUGUGGAAGCCAUAGAUCCAGACGCACUCAUUUGGGAAUUUAGGAUGAUUGGUGAACCAACUGGAGGUAGACAAACUCCAACGCUACAUGUUUCUGGAAAGAUUAGAUUCAAAUCCAACCAGGACAUACAACUUCUCAAUGAUUUUGCCAGGUACGAACGCCUUUCUGGGCAUGAGCGUUGUCUGUCGCUCCUGAAUGGGGAUGAUAGCGGUGAUAUUAUACAAGGACGCAACAUUUACAAAGUAUUUGCCGAAGUCGUGGAUUACGGCCAAAUUUAUCGAGGAGUCCAGAAGCUUGUUGGAAGAGGAAACGAGUCAGCAGGAAGAGUGGUGAAAAAAUAUACCAGACGGACAUGGCUUGAUACUCCCUUGGCAGACUCUUUCUGUCAAUGCGCCGGUAUUUUUGUCAACUGUAUGACCGAUAUAUCAGAAAAUGAAAUGUAUAUCUCGACAAAAAUCGAGCAAUGGAUUCGCUCACCUAAGCUACUCCCUGGUGAUUCACGACCGGAUGUUUGGAAUGUCCUUGCGCUUCAUCGCUGCCCUUCCGAUAAGGAGUUCCUCAGUGACGUAUUCAUAUUUGAUUCUCAAAAUGGGGAGCUGUUAGAAAUUAUCCUCGGUAUAGGCUACAAGAGGGUAUCGAAGCGAAGUUUAGGGAAAAUGCUUACCAACCUCACUCCUGGAAACCAAAAGGCUGAAGCCAAAGACAUGCAGCCACAUGUGGGCACUGAAAUUGAUAUUGAGGCUUCCUAUUCUACCCCGCCGCCAGUUGGAACAACUCUAACAGACUCUCCCGGAAAUGGGCCGCCCAAGGAUGUUUCUGAAGAUAUAAGGAAUCUUCUCGCAAAUGUCUCUGGACUAGAAACUCACGAAAUUAAGAGUGAUACUGUUCUUUCUGAUAUCGGUAUUGACUCAUUGAUGGGUAUGGAGCUGGCCCGGGAAAUUGAGACAGUGUUCAAGUGCGCAUUAGACACUGAAGUGCUUAAUGCAGUAACCGACUUCAAGAGUUUGAUGAAAUGCAUCCAGGAAGCCCUAGGCUACAAAAUAGCCGAUAAUGUGGUUUCAAAGCCGGAAACGACGAGUACCAUCGAUAUGGGUAUCACAGACGCCCAGACCGCCAACGGUCGACCUCAGGUUAAUGGCAGCCUUGCUGAAGAUGAAAUACUAAAUAUUCCACCUGACACAAUUAUCAAUGCUUUUGAAGAAUCAAAGAGGCUGACAGACGAAUUUAUAUUCAAAUAUAAAUUUGCAGACUAUGCCGAUUAUGUGCUGCCCAAGCAAACCGAGCUGUGCAUUGCCUAUAUAACUGAGGCAUUCGAGAAAUUAGGAUGCUCACUUCAAAAGGCAAAAGAGGGUGAACGGUUGGAUCGAAUUCCAUAUCUCCAAAAACACCAUAAAUUUGUGAAUUAUCUCUACAUGAUGCUCGAAAAGGUGGCUCGACUGGUAGAUGUGGAUGAAAAUGUUAUAAUCACCAGAACUGCCAUCACGCCGCCCCUCAAACACUCUACCAUUUUAUUACGUGAUCUGAUAAUCAAUCAUCCGGAUCACGCUAAUGAUCACAAACUUAUUCAUCUUAUCGGGUCUAAAUUGGCGGAAUGUUUAUCAGGCGAAUGCGAUGGUGUCCAGCUCAUAUUUGGCUCCUCAGACGGAAGAGACCUUGUUUCUGGUCUUUAUGGCAAAUCUCCCAUAAAUAUGGUGUGGCUCAGGCAGAUGGAAGAUUUCAUACACCGUCUUAUACAGAAACUUCCAACUAACAAAGGGCCUCUUAAAAUCUUAGAAAUGGGGGCGGGGACGGGGGGUACCACAGCAAUCCUUGCUCCAUUCCUCUCCAGUCUUCAGAUGCCAGUUGAAUACACUUUCACGGACCUCUCGGCAUCUUUGGUUGCAGCUGCGAGAAAGAGAUUCAAAGAUUACACUUUUAUGAAAUUUCGUGUUCAUGACAUUGAGAAGGAGCCUGCUACGGAACUGCUCCAGAGCCAGCAUAUCGUGAUAGCGGCCAACUGUGUCCAUGCCACGCAUAACCUGGUUAAUUCAACCAAGCAGAUCCACCGGGUUUUGAGGCCAGACGGAUUCUUAAUGAUUUUGGAAAUGACUGAUACUCUAUACUGGGUUGACGUUGUAUUCGGAGUCCUGGAGGGCUGGUGGCUUUAUAACGACGGAAGGAAACAUGUAGUAGCACAUCAAUCCAUCUGGGAGAAGUCCAUGCACUUGGCUGGAUACGGCCAUGUGGACUGGACUACGGGGGCUCGCCCUGAAACAAGUAUCCAGCGACUUAUCAUUGCUUUGACUUCUGGACCCAGGUAUGACCGCUUGCCGAUGACCCCAAACAAUGCUCCGAGUCAAGAAACUGACUUUGUGGCUCGGCAGGCCAUAGUCGAUAAAUAUACGCGCGAAUAUUCAACCUCAUUUCCUGCACCCGGGACAGCCACUGAACCAAUACUUCCGGAAGCGCCGCAAGGACAUAGCGUACUGGUCACAGGAGCAACUGGAAGCUUAGGAUCUCACCUUGUUGCUCACUUUGCACGACUUCCCACAGUCAGAGAAGUUGUGUGCCUGAACCGACGAAACACCGUGGAUGCACUAUUGCGUCAGGUUCAGUCACUAGAGGGAAAGGGUAUCUUCCUGAAUGAGAAAUCUAUGUCAAAACUGAAAGUAAUGGCAACCCAAGGAGAGAAAGAGAUGCUGGGGCUGCAAGAUUCUGAGUACCAGUACUUGGUGCACUCGGUUACCCAUAUUGUUCAUGGAGCAUGGCCAAUGAGCAUAAAGCGGCCAAUCAAGGGAUUUGAAUCACAAUUCCAGUUUAUGAGGAAUUUGAUUGAUCUGGCUGUUGAAAUAUCAAACUUGAAGAGUGUGACUCCUGGGUUCCAAUUUAUAUCAUCCAUCGCAACUGUUGGUUACCAUCCCUUGAAGACUAAUAAGGUUCUAGUGCCAGAGGAAAGAGUGGAAGUCGACUCAGUGCUUCCGAGUGGUUAUGGUGAUGCCAAAUUGGUAUGUGAGAAGAUUAUGGAGCAAACACUUCAUAAACUGCCCGGAAGAUUCCGACCCAUGUCUGUUCGUAUAGGGCAAAUUUCGGGAUCUAGAAAGAGUGGAUAUUGGAAUCCAGUGGAGCAUUUUUCAUUCCUCGUCAAGUCGUCACAGACACUUCGGACGCUGCCUGAUCUUAAAGGGGAAUUAUCCUGGCUCCCUGUUGAUGAAGUUGCAGCGGCACUUGGCGACCUCCUCUUAUCGGACACCAUGCCAUCACCUAUUUACCACAUCGAAAAUCCCAUACGACAACCGUGGAGCGAGAUAGUUUGCCUUCUGGCUGAUACAUUAGAUAUCCCACGUGCUUCCAUUGUUCCAUUUGACGUGUGGAUGCGCCGAGUUCAUCAUUUUACUGGUUCAACAGAGUCAAAUAACCCGGCCAAAAUGUUACUAGAAUUUUUCAGAGAUCAUUUCAGGCGGAUGUCUUGUGGUGGCCUAAUUUUGGAUACCAACAAUAGCAGAAAAGAUUCCCAAACUUUGGCAAAUGCUCAACCUAUCGAUCCAGCCCUUGCUGCAAAAUAUAUAGCGCAAUGGAAAGACUCUGGAUUUCUCCGUUGA